AUGGCGAAUCUUUUAGCUCAAUUCCAGAGUAUUAAAUCCUCGUGCGAUCGCCUCGUUAUUGCCGUUGAGGAUGUAAAUGAUCUGUGGCCUGACCUUAAGAAGGAAUUCGAAGAGAGGUUGCCAUUCAAAAGGGUUUUCCUGAACAACAAGACUCGUAAUCCCGUGACUGUUGACGGAUUACCUGCUGAUUUCAUAUUGACAACAGAUGCAAGACUCCGUAGUCGAUUUCCUCAAGAACAAUUAUUAUUUUGGUUCCGAGAGCCAUACGCAACUAUAGUUCUUGUUACUUGUGAGGAUCUUGAUGAGUUUAAGACUAUUCUUAAACCACGCAUCAAAUUAAUAGUUCAAAAUGAGGAACGAGAAUGGUUUAUUGUUUUUGUGUCUAAAGCACCAGCUCACAAUGAUCAGGCCACCAAGAUGGCAAAAAAGGUUUAUGCCAAACUUGAAGUUGAUUUCAGCUCUAAGAAGAGGGAAAGGUGCUGCAAACUAGAUAUGCACGGGCCUGAUUCAAGUUUCUGGGAAGACUUGGAGGCUAAAGUUAUGGAGUGCAUCAGAAAUACACUGGAUAGACGCAUUCAGUUUUAUGAAGAAGAAAUUCGCAAGCUCAGUGAACAGCGAUUUAUGCCAGUUUGGAACUUCUGCAACUUCUUCAUCUUGAAGGAAAGUUUGGCUUUUAUGUUCGAGAUUGCUCAUCUGCAUGAAGAUGCAUUACGUGAAUACGACGAGCUUGAACUCUGCUAUUCAGAAACUGUUAAUAUGGCAGGAAGGCUAAGAGACUUUGGAGGAAUGGAAAAGGGAGAUGAUCAAGCUACACUACUUGAUCCAGGGAAGAAAUCAUUGACUCAGAUUGUUCAAGAUGAUUCAUUUAGGGAGUUUGAAUUCAGGCAGUAUCUGUUUGCCAGUCAAGCAAAGCUACUCUUUAAGCUGAGUCGUCCAUUUGAGGUUGCAGGAAGGGGCUAUUCUUUUAUAAUUAGCUUUUCUAGAGCAUUGGCCAUGCAUGAGAGCACGUUACCAUUCUCUCUGCGUGAAGUCUGGGUCAUAACUGCUUGCUUGGCUUUAAUCGAUGCAACUGCUUCCUGUUAUAAAGAUGGAUUAGCAGCACCUGACAUGGAGAAGGAAUUUUACCGUGUUCAAGGGGAACUGUUUACUUUAUGCAGGACUAAGUUCCUGCGACUAGCAUAUUUAAUUGGCUAUGGUUCAAGCAUAGAGAGAAGUCCUGUCAACAGUGCCUCACUCAGCAUGCUACCGUGGCCAAAGCCAGCUGUUUGGCCUUCACUUCCAGAAGAUGCUUCUGCUGAAGUUCUUGCAAAAGAAAAGAUGAUUUUCCAAGAAUCUCCACGGCCUAAACACUUUGGUAUUCAGAGGAAGCCAUUACCUCUUGAACCAUCGGUACUGUUGCGCGAGGCAAAUCGUCGGAGGGCUACUCUAUCAGCUGGAAAUAUGUUUGAGUUGUUUGAUAGUCGUCCGAAUGCUAUUGAUGGCUCAGUGCAAAUGUCUCCAGUGCCUAAAGGAAAUGCUAUGUCCAUGUCUCGAACGUACUCUUCACCGGGAAAUUUUGACGGCUCAAUUGAUCGGCCUAUGAGACUUGCAGAGAUUUAUGUUGUUUCUGAGCAUGCUUUACGGAAUACAAUUUCUGAUGUCAACCUGUGGAAAUCAUUAUCUUCUGUGGAAGAAUUUGAGCAAAAAUAUUUAGAUCUGUCAAAAGGUGCUGCAAAUAAUUAUCACCGUUCUUGGUGGAAGAGACAUGGAGUUGUCCUUGAUGGUGAAAUUGCAGCUGUCUACCUUAAGCACGAAAAUUAUGAUCUUGCUGCAAAAUUGUAUGAGAAGGUUUGUGCUCUUUAUGCGGGUGAAGGAUGGGAGAACUUACUGGCUGAAGUCCUUCCGAAUUUAGCACAGUGUCAAAAGAUACUGAAAGAUCAAGCUGGCUACCUAUCUUCUUGUGUGAAAUUGCUCUCGCUAGAUAAAGGAUUGUUCUUGACCAAGGAACGGCAGGCAUUUCAGUCUGAAGUUAUCCAUCUUGCGCACAGUGAAAUGGAGCGUCCUGUGCCCUUAGAUGUAUCUUGCUUAAUUACAUUUUCAGGAAAUCAAGGGCAUCCACUGGAGCUCUGUGAUGGGGAUCCUGGCUCCCUGUCUGUUACUGUGUGGAGUGGAUUUCCCGACGAUAUAACUCUUGAGUCACUUAGCCUUACUCUGACAGCCACUAAUAAUACUGAUGAAGGUUCUAAGCAAAUAAAGAGCUUGGACGCUACCAUACUAAAGCCUGGCAGGAAUACAAUAACCCUUCCCUUACCUCCACAAAAACCUGGUUUGUACGUGUUGGGGGUUCUCACUGGACAGAUUGGUCAAUUAAGAUUUAGAUCUCAUAGUUUUUCAAAGGGUGGACCUGCAGACACUGAUGAUUUUAUGAGUUACGAGAAACCAACAAGGCCUAUCUUAAAGGUGUCAAAACCUAGAUCUCUGGUUGAUCUUGCUGCUGCUGUUUCAUCUGCUUUGCUGAUUAAUGAACCUCAGUGGGUUGGAAUAAUUGUUAGACCUAUUAACUACUCCCUUAGGGGUGCUGUGCUGCACAUAGAUACAGGUCCUGGUUUGAGGAUUGAGAAACAUGGAAUUGAAAUUGAGAAGCUUGCAACUGAGCAGCCUAAUGCAGCCAACUUAGAUAAUCCACAGAUUUUGGAGAGCGAUGGUUCUCCCGUCGCAGAUGAAGUCAAGCAAUUGACUCUUAUUGAUGGUAGGGUUGAGUUGGUCGACUGGGCAAGCAAUAUAACUUCAGUUUUAUGGAUUCCAGUGCGAGCUAUUAGUGAUGAGCUACCUAAAGGAACACCUGCAGGGGCAAUUGUUUCCCAGAGACAGAGUGUUGUGGAUGGCUUGAGGACAAUAGCUCUGAAACUUGAGUUUGGAGUUGCUCAUAACCAGAUAUUUGAAAAGACAAUAGCCGUGCAUUUUACCGAUCCUUUCCAUGUGAGCACACGUGUUGCUGACAAAUGCAAUGAUGGUACUAUGCUUUUGCAGGCCAUACUGCAGUCACAGGUGAAAGCUUCAUUAACCAUCUAUGAUGCUUGGCUGGAUCUUCAAGAUGGCUUUGUGCAUGCUGGAAAUCGUGAUGGAAGACCAACCUCUAACUUCUUUCCGCUCAUUGUUUCCCCAAAAUCCAAAGCUGGGAUUCUUUUUAGUAUAUGCCUUGGGGACACAUUAGUCAAAAAUGAAACGACGGAGUUGCAUCCAGAUAGUAUAUUAAAUAUUAGAUAUGGGAUUUCUGGCUUUAGAACUCUUGGAGCUCAUACCCCUGUAGCUGAGGAAACCAUUGCGGCUGAUGAUGAUUCACAGCAUUUGACCUUCAGGAGUGCUCUUGUUUUACAGCGACCUGUGCUCAACCCUUGCCUUGCAGUUGGUUGUCUGCCUCUCCCUUCGAGUGGUCUCCAAGUUGGGCAGCUUAUGACCAUGAAAUGGAGGGUCGAAAGGUUAAAAGACUUGGAGGAGAAUAUGGCUUCUCAAAACCAUGACAAUUUACUUUAUGAAGUCAUUGCAAAUUCCGAAAACUGGAUGAUUGCUGGGAGGAAAAGAGGACAUAUAUCACUCUCCACAAAACAAGGUUCCAGGAUAGAGAUAACUAUUUUAUGCUUGCCACUGGUUGCUGGAUAUGUUCGCCCUCCGCAACUGGGAUUGCCGGAGGUUGAUGAGGCAAAUAUAAGUUGCAAUCCACCGGGGCCUCAUUUGAUAUGUGUAUUGCCUCCGGCCCUCAGCUCAUCUUUCUGCGUACCAGCCUGA